GAAAAUGAAAAACAAGUGGAAUUUUCAGGGGAAUGGAGAGCUCAAAACGGCACCAGGAAUCACUAUUCGAGGAGUUCUCUCCAAUAUAAUGCAAAAUCUCAACAAAGAUGAUCAAAGGCCUAUCAUUCCUCUCGGCCACGGUGACCCCUCCGCUUUCCCAUGCUUCCGGACUAGUCUUUCGGCUGAAGAUGCCAUCGUUGAUUCUGUUCGGUCCGGCAAGUUCAACUGCUAUUCUCCCGCAGUUGGUAUUUUACCAGCCAGGAGGGCAGUUGCAGAUUAUCUGUCCAAAGAUCUCCCAUACAAGUUAUCGCCUGACGAUGUUUAUCUUACAAUUGGAUGUACACAAGCAAUUGAAGUGCUACUGACAGCUAUAUCUCUGUCAAAUCCUGUUGCCAACAUUCUGCUUCCAAGGCCAGGCUUCCCUUUCUAUGAUGUUCGGGCAGCCUGUUCCAAUCUGGAAGUUCGCCGCUAUGAUCUGCUUCCGGAACAGGGUUGGGAGGUUGAUCUUGAAGCUCUUGAAGCACUUGCAGAUGAAAAUACAGUUGCCAUGGUCAUCAUCAAUCCCGGAAAUCCUUGUGGAAAUGUUUAUACGUCUCAACAUAUGAAGAAGAUUGCAGAGACGGCAAGGAAGCUUGGGAUUAUUGUAAUUGCUGAUGAAGUGUAUGACCAUCUUACUUUCGCAAGCACUCCAUUUGUUCCAAUGGGGACAUUUGGAUCUAUUGCCCCAGUUCUUACACUUGGUUCCAUAUCAAAAAGAUGGAUUGUACCUGGUUGGAGACUUGGUUGGAUUGUCACCUGUGACCCCAAUGGAAUUCUUCAACAAACGGGGAUUAUGAAGUCCAUUACAGGGUGUCUCGAGGUCUCAUCGGAUGCUCCAACCUUCAUUCAGGCAGCAAUUCCUCAAAUUAUAGAGAACACAAAGGAAGAUUUCUUUUUGAAAAUAGUAGAGAUACUAAGAGGUGCUGCAGACAUAUGUUUUGAUAAACUUAAUGAGAUCCCCUUCAUUACCUGCCCAAGCAAACCUGAGGGUUCCAUGUUUGUAAUGGUAAAGCUGAAUCUCUCAUUGUUGGAUGACAUUAGUGAUGAUGUUGAGUUCAGCCUCAAACUUGCCACAGAGGAAUCUGUCAUAGUACUACCUGGUGUAACUGUCGGAUUGAAGAAUUGGUUGCGGAUAACAUUCGCCUGUGACCAUUCCAGUCUUGAAGAUGGCCUUGGGAGGAUUAAAGGUUUCUGUGAAAGGCAUGCCAAGAAAGAGUAACAUGCAUGUAUUGCAAUUCAGAUUAAGAUGGAGUACAUACAUCUGGUGGGGAUCAGAAACUCCUGGUUGGAUCUCAUGCUUCACUCAAAUGCUGCCUUUGAUUUAUAAGAAGAACAGUAGAAAAUUGACUAGUCAGUCAGUUACUCAAAAAGUCAAAAUGAAUAAGAACCCUCUGUAUCGCAAGGGUGAUUUAAAGGAGAUCAGCAACUUCGCGUUGUGUCUCAUGUUGCAUGCAGGACUUGUAACUCCCUGGAUUCUUAUGACACUCGAAAGAGAGUAUUUGUUAGAUAAGUGAAAGUUUUCUGCAAUUUCUAAAUGAUUUCAUGAGUUUGUUCUGUUAUAUAUGUACUUUCCCAGCCAAUUCGACAAUACGCCUAUGCAUAUUAGGUCUACAAUUUCCUCAGCUGUUUGGUAAGAAGCUAGGUAGUCAGCUAGCAGCUAGCAUAUAUAUCAACUUUAUAAUAUUGUACAAGAAACUCAUGUCCCAAUUUAUUCUUGGUGGUCAGGGGAGGAAGCGUUCUGACAUGAUCCCUCGGCGCGGAUUAGUCUCUGGCUUGGGCUUGGAAGCCUUUGAGGAUACCGUUGUUGAUACUCUAAAAAAAAAAUGUCUUAAAGACCAACUUCAACUUCAUUCAUUUACAAAUGCUGAUAAAUCUUAAUUUAUUUUAUUUCUUCCUGAAGUUUAGAGAAUCUGAUAUCCAAAUGAACAG